AGCUGGUCUGGGCAGGACGGGCAGUCUGAUUGGCUGUUACCUGAUGAAGCAUUACCGCUUCACAGCAUCUGAGGCCAUCGCCUGGAUCCGGGUUUGCAGACCGGGCUCUGUGAUUGGACCUCAGCAGAACUUCCUGGAAGAGAAGCAAGCAUCAAUGUGGUUGCUAGGUGACAGCCAGCGUUCCCAGAAGGCUAAACUGGAGGAGAGGGCGACGUCUCGCCUCAUCAGCAGCAUGGACGACCUCUCCCUGAACCCCCCCCACAGCAACCUGCACGAGAGCGAGACGGUGGACGUGGGUCCGGGUCUGACUCAGGGAGACAAACUGAGAGCCUUAAAGAACCGCCGGUCCCCCCGACCCGCCACCGCCGGGGCCCUCAGGGUGGAAGAGAUGAAGAUCCACAGCAGGUCGGCCUCGCAGCCUCUCAGAUUGUCGAUGGGCGGUGGUCAGGGACCUGCUUCCCCCCUCAAGUCCUCCAAGUUCCCAUCAUCCUCUACUUCUGCCGCCGCCAAGAGGAUCGGGAGAAGUUCGUCGACUACGGUGUCCAACAUCAGGAGCUCUCGGUUGGCCUCCUCUCUCAGCGAUCUUUACUCCGACCUGGAUGACUCCUCCUCCCCUUCCUCCCCCUCUGGGUCUCUCGGCCCCUCCCCCUCCCACAUGGCCCCUCCUCCCUCUCUGGGUCGCUAUGGUAACGGGGUUCGCGGUGCACAUCUCGAGGUGAACAACAACAGCGUUGAAGGCCGGCCUCAGGACCCCUACAGGGUCUCCCACGGCGCUCUGCAGGGGCCGGCAGGACGCUACCUGAGCCGCUCCAUACCUUCUCUUCAGUCUGACUACAUCCAGUACUAAAACGACACGUCUCACCUGAGGACUCAUUACCCACAACCCCCUCUGUGUGGGGCACGCUCAAAGGGAAGCUAAUAAAGCAGCUCAGAGACUGAAGAGACUCAACAGCAGCUGUGAUCACUGUACGCUAAUGAGUAGCAUGCUAAUAAGGGGCACGCUAAGUAGCGGUAUGUAAAUGAGCAAUAUGCUAACUAGCGACAUGCUAAUGGGUGUCUGUAAAUAUGAUGUAAUCUACACGCGUGUUUUUGGCUGAAGAAGAUAUAUUUAGAUAAGACAGAUUUUAUAUUUCUUAUUUGUGACAGAAGAAGAUAUUUUUGUUUCUUUUGAUAAAGCGAAGGAUCAGCUGACGGCGACCCUCCGUCGCCAUAGUUACAGUGUUUACUUCCUGCCUCUACAGCAAUAAUAACAAUAAUAACAAUAACGGUAGAAGAACAAUAAGGGACCCAAAAGCUGACCGUAAGUAACCUAACUCAGGAAAACAGAGUGUGUGUGUGUGUGUGUGUGUGUGUGUGUGUGUGUGUGUGUGUGUGUGUGUGUCUCUCAGUGUGUGUGUGUCUCUCAGUGUGUGUGUCUCAGUGUGUGUGUCUCAGUGUGUGUGUCUCAGUGUGUGUGUCUCAGUGUGUGUGUCUCAGCCUUAAGAAGCUUCUGAUUUUUUGAUUUUGAAACGAACAGCAGAAACUAAAUGAAUUCACUUGAGAAAAAUGCGUGUUCCUCACUUGGAACUUGGUCAGACGAUGCCUUCAGGCUCCGCGAUGCCUUCAGGCUCCUCCGUGAUGCCUUCAGGCUCCGCGAUGCCUUCAGGCUCCGCACUGACUCCUUCGCUUCUUUUAGAUUUUUAAGGUAUCUCCUUAAAUCAGUAUUACAGAACAAAGAUUUAUAUUUUUCUCAAGUGAAUGUAUUCCCCUUCUGAAGACAUCUGAGGGUUUUCAAUAUUUCUGUUGGUUUUGUUUUAUUCUUUAUUUUAUUAUAAUUUUUUGUUUUAUUUUCAAUUGUUUUGUUUUAUUUUAUUUUCCAUCCUCUAGUUAAGGUUUAGUCCCCGGUUCAAACAGCUGAUCGAUCAGUUAAUGAAACCUGAAGCUCAGUUCAGGUCAACAACAAGACAGACACAGGACCGAGAAAAUAUAUACAAUUAAAGGUCCCACGUCAUGCUUCUCUGGUUCUGACCCGUCCCCUCGUGUGUUAUGAAGGUUGUUCCAACAAGCCGUGUAGGACAGAGAGUGAAUACACAGACUAUACAGAGAUGCUGUGAGAAACCAAUGAGAGUUUGGAACAUUGAACAAUGUAAAUCUAUUCUAGUCGACCUCAACUAUGGAACUAUGAUCAGUAGAAAUGGCCAUGGGACCUUUAAUAUUAUAAUUUAUAUUCACUGCAAACUGAAGACACGUAUUUAAAACUUUUAACUUUUUAAUUUCCUAAAAAUAAUGAUUUAAUGAUUGAAUGAAGAGAGCGUCCCUUAUUGAGGACGAUGAAGCAAACAAUCGAGAUAUAAUAAAACAAGAUGAAAAAGCUAUGAUUUGAACAUGAAUUUAAAAAUGUUUUUAUUUGAAGUAUUUUUUUCUUAAGAGUUCCAUUAAUGAACUAAUAAUAACAUUUUACACUUUUAAAUGUCUUGACAAAUAAAUAACAAAUAUCAUUAAUGUUCGUUUUUUUUACUUAAACACUUGAAAUGUGCAAUAACUGAUAAAUAAUAUAACUAUGAAUCAGUAUGAGCAGGUUAACGUAAAAAAACUGAUUUUUAUAAACAUUAUUUUGUUUUGUUUUUGAUCAUGUGACGCCGGCUCAUUCAGAAAUAUUUGAAUCCUUGGUUGUGUUUCUGUCAGCUGAUUGGCUGUCCCAUCACCAGCUGACUGCUCUGAGGGCUCUGAUUGGCUGAGAGGUGGAUGUUGAAUGUGUGUUUGUUCAGAUGGAGGUCAGGAAAUAUUUUCAUAUAUCACAUAAUUCAAGACAUUCAGGAGGAAUGAGAUGUGCGUUUCUUUAAAGGGAAGUGUGUGUGUGUGUGUGUGUGUGUGUGUGUGUGUGUGUGUGUGUGUUUCUUUAAAGGGAAGUGUGUGUGUGUGUUUCUUUAAAGGGAAGUGUGUGU